AUGCCCGCGUCACACCGCAUCGGACAGCGCGUGUCCUACGACGGAGCCCUCUGUACGGUGAGGUUCGUCGGCGAAGUCGCAGGCACAGCGGGCACCUGGCUCGGCGUGGAAUGGGACGACGCAACCCGCGGCAAACACGACGGCUGUCACAAAGGCGUCCGCUACUUCUCAUGCAUCUCAAAAUCGCCCACCGCCGCGUCCUUUGUGCGUCCCUCGCGGCCAGCGGACCCGCCGCGCAGCUUCCUGGAAGCCGUCAACGCCAAGUACGCCGGGGAGUACACCCUCCCCGACGGUCGCAGAGCCGCCGAGGAGAUCAUCUUCUUCGGGAAGCGCGCCGAGGAAGUCGGCUUCGAGAAGAUCCGCCGCAAGCAGGCCAACGUGGGCGAGCUCAAGGUCGUCAUCGUGGAGGACUUGCAGGUGCUGACCGCCCUGGCCGACGACGAGGAUGAGGGCACCAUCACCAGGACGUGUCCCAAGAUCACGCAGCUGGGUCUCGGCCGCAACUUGUUUGACCGGCUGGGUCCGGUCAUGGAUAUUUGUCGUGAGCUGCCGGCCCUCAACAGUUUGAACCUCGGUGGCAGCCGGUUCCAGGGUCUUUUGGACGACAGCUCCGUAGGGGCAUUCGGUGGUGUCAAGGAGCUGGCUCUUGAGGAGACGAUGAUGAGCUGGGAGGAGGUAUGCCACCUUGCGGAGAAAUGCCCGUCCCUGACGACCCUCAAUGCCAGCUCCAACCAUCUGCACACUCUGCCCAUCAUCAACUACCAUAGCCUGGCAUCCACUCUGACAACCAUCAACCUCGAAAUCAACAACUUUACAACUCUUGCGGACGUCGGCGCUCUCGCUCCCCUCACUACGCUCCGCAACAUCCACCUCAAGGGAAACAACAUCACAGCCCUUGCCCCAGAGGACUCCGAGGCACCCAUCUUCUCCCCAUCGGUGCAGUACCUUGACGUGUCCUACAACAACAUUCAAUCCUGGUCAUUUAUAGAUCAGCUCCAGAAGCAUCUGCCUGGUCUAACGGGCCUGCGGAUCAGCCACAAUCCUGUCUAUGAUGCCGCUGAUGCAGAUGCCUCUUCUUCAGAAGAGUCUCACAUGUUCGCCGUCGCCCGGGUCGCCUCGCUCCAGUCCCUCAACUUUAGCCAAAUCACCACAUCCGAUCGCUCCAACGCGGAGAUGUUUUAUCUCUCCCGGAUUGGCAAGCAGCUCUCAGCCGUAGCGGAGACCGAAGAGGCCGACAUCCUAGCGCUUCACCCCCGCUAUGCAGAACUAUGCGAAAUCCACGGCGAGCCCAGCAUUGUUCGCCGACCAGACGUCAACCCGGCCUUCCUCGAUGCGCGACUCAUCAAUGUCGGGUUCCACUACCAGGAUGGGGAGGAGAGGGCAUCCAAGAUCCCGAAGUCUUAUGACAUGUACGCGGUGAAGGGCAUCGCCGGGAAGCUUUUCGGCUUAGCUCCGCUGAAGCUGGGGUUGAUCUGGGAAACGGGAGAAUGGGACCCCGUCGCUGGGUUUGACGAUCAAGAGGGGGACAGCAGUGACGAAGAGGAAGCGGAAGAAGAGAGGGAACGCCAAGGGAUAGAUGCGCAUGCGACAGAGGAUACUUCAGGCAAACCGGGACGAUGGGUCAAGAGAGAGGUGGAACUAAAAGACGGCCCCAGGCAGCUUGGGUACUGCGUCGACGGGCUUGACGUUAAGAUCCGGGUGGAAGCACGAUAG